AUGCCGCAAUCCUGCACCGACAUCCGCGCUGCCCUCGCCGCCUGCCUGUCCUCCUCCCCCUGCGUCCUCGAAGGCAACAAGCCCGGCGACUGCCUCCGCCCGCCGCUGUGCGACGACCUCCCGACGCAAUGCCAGCAGUUGAAGAAGGGCUACGCGCAGUGCAAGCGAGGCAUGAUCGACAUGCGGAAACGGUUCCGAGGAAACAAGCCCGUCGGCUCGGUCGGUGAG